AUGGCUAAGACACAGAAGAACGACCAAAAAGAGUCAAUGAUUGGGUCUAAGUUAAGUAAGGAAGCUAUAAUAGAUAGUUCUACGUUAAUAUUUGAAUUGUUAGACGAGUGUAUGGAUUUUGGAAUUGUCCAGGUGACAGAUUAUAAAAUACUUCGAGAAUAUAUUAAGGUUGAAGCAAAUCUUCCUAAAUUGGGUCAUUAUGGAGAGAAUAGAAAUGACUAUUCGUCUGAUUCAGAUAAGGAAAUAGGUGAUAAGUCAGAUACAAAGCGUAAACAAGCUAAGGAUAAAAUAAAGAAAGUCAAAUCAACCCAUAAUCAAGCAGUAAAUGCUGAUAUCAUAGAUCCUGAAGCAUCGUAUGUGAAUAGCUCUGUAUUAAGAACAACGUCACUGGCAAUUAGUUGGAGGCCCAAGGGUAUUUUUUAUGCUAAAAAUGAGAUUUAUAUUGAUAUAAUUGAAAAUUGCGAGUUUCUAUUCAGUCUAGCCACAAAUUCUAUCAAGAGGAAUGAAGUUUACGGAAGAUGCUUAGUUAAAUGUUAUCUUUCAGGAAUGCCUGUUUGCAAGUUGGGAUUUAAUGAAAAAUAUAUUUCUGGAAUAGAUAAUGAAGAUGAUUAUCUGUCAUACAAUAACUCGCAUAGUGAAGAUGCGGCUAGGUCUGAUAACCAAUUAGAAGUAAAGGAUAUUAACUUGGAAGAUGAUGGAGACGAUGAAAAUGUAAGCGAGGAUGGGAUUGAAGAUGAUGCUCUUGGAAUCAUAUCAACGGGUGAGCUUGGUGAGGUGGAGACUAAAACUACGAGUGAUAUUGAUAGUGUAAAUACUUCAGUUGAAAAAAGUUCAAAAAGAAUGAAGAGAAAUCAUAAGAUCCCAAUACGAAAUAUACAAUUUCAUCAGUGUAUAGAGCUAGCAAGUGUCUACAAAGAUAAUAUCAUUAAUUUCAUUCCUCCGGACGACAAAUUCAUACUCAUGACUUACCAUGUCGAACAACAAAAACAAAAACGAAAGCUUCCGCUAAUUAUGGUAAAACCGACAUAUCGGAUUAUCAAGUCAUCUAACAAAUUACAAAUUAUGUGUAUUCUAUCUACCAACUUCAAGAAAAGAUUACAUUGUCGUAAUUUAACAAUUAAAAUUCCUAUAAAUCCACAUCUAAUUAGGCUUGACCACGAGGCUAAUGAAUUUAAAUAUGGCAUGAAAUUUAAAGCCGAAAUUGGUGAUGUUAGUUAUAAGAUAGAUUCAUCUGAAUUAUUUUGGCAAAUUGAUAAUGUGAAUGGGAAAAUGGAUGCGAUUAAAAUGAUGGCUGAAUUGGCCUUGUCUUCAAAAGAUAAUGAUUCAUUAACACUGAAGGCGGUGCAGGAUUCAUUAAAUAAUAAAUAUAUGAAGCAAUCUGGUUCCAUGGAUGGCCUGGAGGAUGAGAACGAAUCUAAGGCAGAACUUGAUAGAUAUUAUGGUGUUAAUGGUGCAGUAUCAUCUCUGGCUAAGAAAAUUCAAAAUCUGAUUAAAUUUUCACAAGGCUUCAAUCAUGUAAAAUGCUCUUUCAAUAUUCCAAUGUUGUCUUAUUCUGGUCUUAAAUUAACAUACUUGAAAGUUGCAGAGGAACAAAUGAAAUAUACAUGCUUUCCUUGGGUUAGAUAUAUCACUGAAUCUAAUUCAGAUACUUCUAGCUCAAAUAAAGUUGAAGACGAAAGUCUUUCUACUCGGGAUUGUAAUUAUAACUUUGAAUUGAGUCCUAAUUGCUUCCAGUUUGUAGAUUUAUGA